CCCCAUGGGGCCAAAUCCAGCAGCAGCUUCGGGCGACAGACUGCCGCUGCAACCCAGUUACUCGGUCGAGAACAUCCCCUAUGCUGGCGGCAACUACCACGACGACUACGAUCCGCGCCCCGGUGGCCCUCGCCACGACAGCGAUUACUCCUUAGAUCCCCAAGCGCAUCACGAUGCCUACUACAACCAGCCCUACGACCCGUCACCGCACGAAGAGGACCCGCACCACGCGUACGGCACACAGCCAGACCACUACUGGCAGGAUGAAGAUGCGGGAAGGCCUAUGAUCCAGGGCCAAAACUCCUAUGGCCCAGAUCCGCACGACAUGCACGACCAUGACAUGGACCAACACCCUGAGAACCCGUUCCACGACGAGCCUGCGCCCGUCCCGACACCUGCGCCGAUUAAGCGAUGGAAGACGGUAAAGGAAGUGCAGCUGUUCAAGGGCAACUUGGUGCUAGACUGCCCGAUCCCGCCGCGGUUACUGAAUCAGGUACCGCAUGCACAGCCUCCAGAGCGUGACGAGUUCACCCAUAUGCGUUACUCAGCCGCCACCUGCGAUCCUUCAGAUUUCGAUGCAGAGCGCUUUACGCUGCGCCAAAAGCUGUUCGCCAAGCCGAGGCAUACCGAGCUGUUCAUCGUCAUCACCAUGUACAAUGAGGAGGACGAAUUGUUUGCCCGCACCAUGACUGGUGUGAUCAAGAACAUCGAGUACAUGAACUCCAGGACAAACAGCAAAACGUGGGGCAAGGACGCGUGGAAGAAGAUCGUAGUGUGCGUCGUCAGCGACGGACGUGCUAAAAUCAACCCGCGCACGCGCGCUGUCUUGGCUGCACUCGGUGUUUACCAGGAUGGUAUCGCUAAGCAACAGGUCAACGGGAAGGACGUGACUGCGCAUAUUUACGAGUACACAACUCAGAUGACACUCGACAUCAAGAAGGGUGUCGUUGGCGUUAAGAAGGGCAACACCCCUGUUCAGAUGCUGUUCUGUUUGAAAGAGAAGAACCAGAAGAAGAUCAACUCCCAUCGAUGGUUCUUCCAGGCUUUCGGCCAGGUGCUCGACCCUAACAUCUGCGUGCUCAUCGACGCCGGUACAAAGCCUGGCAAAGACUCCGUCUACCAGCUAUGGAAGGCCUUCGACCUUGAGCCCAUGUGCGCAGGCGCUUGUGGUGAGAUAAAGGCUAUGUUAGUUCAUGGGAAAAAGCUGCUGAACCCGCUCGUCGCGACUCAAAAUUUUGAGUACAAGAUGAGUAACAUUUUGGACAAGCCUCUAGAGUCAGCAUUCGGUUUCAUUACCGUGCUUCCAGGUGCUUUCUCUGCCUACCGCUACGUCGCUCUGCAGAACGACAAGACUGGCCAAGGACCAUUGGAGAAGUACUUUGCUGGUGAGAAGAUGCACGGUGCCAACGCCGGUAUCUUCACAGCCAACAUGUACCUUGCCGAGGAUCGAAUUCUGUGUUUCGAACUGGUCUCCAAGAGGAACUGUCACUGGAUCCUGCAGUACGUCAAGUCUGCGACCGGUGAGACGGAUGUGCCCACAACCAUGGCGGAGUUCAUCAGCCAGCGUCGUCGUUGGCUAAACGGAUCCUUUUUCGCUGCUGUAUACGCUCUGGCCCAUUCAUUCGACAUCUUCCGCAGUGACCACUCGUUCCUGCGCAAGACCAUGUUCCUCGUCGAAUUCGUCUACCAAACUAUCAGCAUGCUCUUCGCCUGGUUCGCUCUCGGUAACUUCUUCCUGGUCUUCCGCAUUCUCACUGCAUCUCUUCAAAACGAACUCGGCGUCACUGGAAAGGUUCUGUUCAUCAUCUUCGAAUGGCUGUACAUUGCUGUCCUGAUCACAUGUUUCAUCUUAUCGCUUGGUAAUCGACCGCAAGGAUCGAACAAGUGGUACAUGUCGAUGGUGUACUUUUGGUGCAUCAUCAUGUCGUACCUCAUGUUUGCUUCGAUCUUCAUCACCGUCAGAUCUGUGCAAAGCCAAAUCAGAAAGAACAAUGGUUUCAACGCCGCGGAUCUGCUGAAGGAUAAGAUCUUCGCAACCCUGAUUAUCUCACUACUCUCGACGUAUGUGAUGUGGCUGGUUGUCUCAAUCAUCUUCCUCGAUCCAUGGCACAUGUUCACUUCCUUCAUCCAGUAUCUGCUCAUGACACCCACGUACAUCAACAUCCUCAACGUCUACGCCUUCUGCAACACGCACGACAUCACCUGGGGCACCAAGGGUGACGACAAGCCGGAGAAGCUACCUUCAGUCACCACAAAGGCCGACGGUAAAGCCGACAUCCACGCACCGACCGACGAUGCGGAUCUCAACACCCAGUACGAGGCUGAGCUACACGUCUUCAGCACCAAAUGGAAGGAGGACAAGAAGAUCCCAUCACCCUCCGAGAAGCAAGAGGACUACUACAAGGGCUUCCGAUCGGGUGUCGUGCUGUUCUGGAUGUUCUGCAACCUGGCGUUGUCUGCUCUCGUGCUCCAAGCCGGUGGGCUGGAGCUGACUGUCAGCAACCCCGACGAGGCGCAGGAAAAGGCCAACCAGGCAUCUACCAUUUACCUUGCGGUUGUGCUUUACAGUGUGGCUGGUCUCGCUGCAUUUAGGUUUAUUGGAGCCAUGUGGUUUUUGGUUGUGCGAAUGUUCCGCGGUGUUUGA